AUGACAAAGACGCAACUCCGUUUAGGACUACUUAUCAAUGACACACCCCUGCCUCAAGUUGUAGAAAAAGCUGGUGAUUAUCGCCAACAAUUCAGGGAUCUUUAUGAUAAAGCUGCUGAAGAUAAGCAAAUCAAGGUGACCUGGGAACAUUUCGAUGUUGUGGACAAGCAAGAGUAUCCUAGUUUAGAUGAUAUCAAAAAUGGCAAAUAUGAUGCCCUUAUUUUAACUGGUUCUGCCUCAGAUGCACAUGGUAAUGAUCCUUGGAUUUUGAAGGAAGUAGACUUUAUCAAGACUCUUUUAAGUGAGGAAUAUGCAGACAAAAUCAAGUUGGUUGGUAUUUGUUUCGGUCAUCAGAUAAUUUUAAGGGCUGCAGGCGGUAAAACAGGUCCUAAUGAAGCUGGUUGGGAGACCGGCUUUAUCCAUACCAUGUUAAAUGAAGAAGGACAAAAGUUUUUCAACACGAAGAAGGAUCAUUUGAACCUCUACCAAUUUCAUAGAGAUCAUGUGUCUAUUCUUCCUGAAGGUUUUAUACCGCUGGGCUUCACAACGGAUCAUACACCUUAUCAAAUAACUGUAUCGAAGAAUGGACAAUGUAUUACCAGUCAAGGUCACCCCGAAUUCAGCCACGAUACAAUGUAUACCAUGCUUACUGUCAGAAAAGAGAAGGGCGUCUUAAAAGAAGACUACGCAAACAAAUGUAUUGAAAGAUUAGAAAACAGUUCGAAUGAGCAUAUGGACGAUAUUUUCUUUACUAAAAAAGUUAUUGAUUUCAUUACAAACUAA